UGGAUUUCCGAGGAGAAGGUGGACCACAGGGUCCAGGAGUUAGCAUGAUGCGAGGCUGGGCCAUCUCCUUCCUACUACUGGUGCUCCAGGGUGCCCAAGGAUGUACAGACCUAGCCUGCUACACCGACUACCUCCAGACAAUCACGUGUGUCAUGGAGACGUGGACUCCCCAUCCCCGCACACUCACCCUCACCUGGGAAAACUUGUAUGGCGAACUGGAAGACGAGAUCACCUCCUGCAGCCUCCGCCUGUCCACCCACAACGGCACGCACGCCUGGUACACGUGCCACAUGGAUGUGUCCAGCUUCAUGGCCGAUGAUGUGUUCAGUGUCAACAUGACCGGCCAGUCGGGCAGAGGCUCCUGGGAGUGUGGCAGCUUUAUCCUGGCUAAAAGCAUCAAGCCGUCUCCCCCUUUCAACGUAACCGUGAUCUUCUCAGGACAUUACAACGUCUCCUGGAGUUCGGAUUACGAUGACCCUGGCUCCCCUGCGUUGAAGGGCAGGCUUCAAUACCAGCUGCAGUACAGGGACAGGGCGGACCCCUGGGCGAAGCAUCCGGGGAGAAAACUGGUCUCCGUGGACACGAGAAGCGUCUCCCUCCUGCCCCUGGAGUUCCACAGAGGAUCGAGCUACGAGGUGCAGGUCCGGGCAGGGCCCCAGCCCGACUCCUUCUUCCAGGGGACCUGGAGUGCUUGGAGCGAUCCGGCCAUCUUUGAGACCCAGCCAGCGGAGAUAGAGCUGGGGACCCGAGGGCAGCACUUCAGCCUUCUGCUCCUCCUUGUCGCCGCCCCUGUCCUUGUCUUCUUGGGUCUGCGGUACCACCUGCCUUGGAGGUUGUGGAAGAAAUUGUGGGUGCAGGUGCCCAGCCCAGAAUGGUUCUUCCAGCCCCUGUACACGGGCCACAGAGGAGACUUCAAGAAAUGGGUGGGAGCCCCCUUCACAGCCUCUACCCUGGAGCUUCGACCUGGGCCUCCUGGGGCACCCUUGACCCUGGAGGGGCGGAGUAGCUGCCCAUCGGAGAGUCCUGCCAAGGGGCUGACGCCCACCGCACUGCCAGAGCCUGCGACCCUGCUGGGAGCCCACGGGCUGCCCGAACCCGUCUUCUGGGGCCCUGUCCGCUUUAUGGCCAGCUCUGCAUAUAGUGAGGAGAAGGACCGGCCGUACGGCGUGGUGUCCAUCGACACUGUGACCGUGGCGGACACAGAGGGACCGUGCACCUGGACCUGCAGCUGUGGGGAUGACGGCUACCCAGCCCUGAAUCUGGAUGCCAGCCUGGACCCUGGUCUGGGCACCGAAGACCCCCUCUUGGGCACGGCGGCCCCCGUCCUCUCCUGCGGCUGUGCCUCUCUGGCCACCCCUCCCGGGAUGGGGAGCUUUCUGGACAGGCUUGACCUGCCCCUGGUGGGCACAGCAGACUGGGCCCCGGAGCCGCCCUGGGGCGUCUCGGACAGUGAGGCAGGGUCGCCCCAGGCCGCCCUGGAUAUGGACACGUUUGACAGUGGCUUUGCGGGCUCCGACUGCGGCAGCCCGGUGGAGGGCGGCUUCCCCAGCCCCCAGGACGAGGGGCCUCCUAGGAGCUACCUGCGCCAGUGGGUGGUCAUGCCUCCUCCGCCCACAGACCCUGGGACCCAGGCCAGCUAG